AUGAUCACAUUGUACGCGCCAAUUCCCGCGACGGCCGUGGUUGAAAUCACAACCUCUGAAAAUGGAGGACUCACAACCUUUACCUUUACGACGACGUACUCUCAGCUACCAGGAGGCCCCCCAGAGAUGAUAAUGGCUGAGACUAUAACGUCCGAGACUAGAACGUCCGAGACUAGAACGGCCGAGACAAGAACGAGCGAGACUUUCGACUCGACACCAAUACACCCAACGAAGGACCAGGGACAAGAUCAGGCCUGGAUCGCCGUGCCCAUCGUCGGCAGUAUCGGCGGAGUAGCACUCAUUGUUUCAGCAUGGUUCAUGCUCUGGCGUUAUGGGCGGAAGCAGCGCGCAGCAGCACUGCUAAACCACGAGCUGCACGGAGAAUCUGCGAUUAAGUCGGAACUGGAAGCCCCCAAUCGCCCACAAGAACUUGAAGUUGGAAACCUCGGGCUAAAAGCAGUUUACUGGCAUAAGCCAUAUGAGCUAGAGGGUAAUGGGCUGUCAAUGGACCCAAAGUCUGGUCUGUAG